AUGCUCCCGACUCGAGGCCAUCCGAACAAACGGCGAUCCGUCAAGGAACGGGUUCGUGUUACUCGCGCCUGCGAUACUUGCAAAAAGAAGAAGUUGCGUUGCUCGGGUACCCUACCGUGUUUCCUGUGCCAACGCUCCCAGUUGAGGUGCGAAUAUACCGCUGGUUACACUCGAGGAAAAGUGCCACCUGUACCCACAAUCAGCGGUGCUGAUAGUAUGAACAAUACCAUUCAAAAUCAUCAUGAAAAGACUACGAAUUCCAGCGUGGAGAGCCGAUCUCCACCUAAACCGCAGGACACCGCACAAAAUGUACUCUUAGCGAGGGAGAAACAGGUUAACCUCCCAUCAUCGGGCAACUCACCUGAGCCUCACCAAACUGAUAUGGAGGGACAUUAUGUCGGUCCUGCUUCUGGCGUCUCCUUCUUGAUAAGAGUACAGAAGCGUCUACAUGAGCAUAUUUCGUUCCCGCGUACUACGCCCAUCUUUAGUUUCGGUGAUGCACCCCUUCCGAAAUAUGAUCCAUCUUUCCUGGUUAUACCACCCAAAGACGAAGCGAAAGCGCUUCUUGAUAGAUACUUUGAUUUUGUGUUUCCCACUCAUCGUUUCUUGCAUCAACCCCAGGCCGAAAGCUGGCUUGAGGACUUUUAUCGCGACCCUGGGGUGGCCCAGUCCCCCAAGCCCGGGGCUAUGGCAAUAAGAGCUUUGCUCCUCAUGAUUUUUGCGCAUGGAAAGCAAUGCUUGCCCAAGUCUGAUAGUUCGCUAGGUUCCUGCGUUAACAGUGCAGUCUAUUUCGCUGCCUCGGAGCAUCAUCUUGCAGCAGAAACGGGACCUGUCCGCCUCGCAAGUGUGCAAGCACGAUUAGCUCAAUGCUUCUAUCUUUUGGGCCAAUCUCGGAUCAACCACUGCUGGAGCCUAUUCGGAACCACAGCACGGCUUGCCAUUGCAAUCGGCUUACACCGGGGACGACGGCGAGAUGUCAAAGAUAAUUUUGUUGAGCAUGAGUGCUCCAAACGAGUGUUUUGGUGCAUGUACAGCCUGGAUAACUAUCUUAGCGCCGCUCUGGGCCGUCCUCGGAUUUUUCACGAUGACGAGAUAGAUCAAGAGCUUCCUGCUAUUGCUAAUGAUUCCCAAAUAACACCGAGUGGCGUUGUUCCAGCUAGUUCGAAUACCCAGAGUAUCAUGCUAGCUCCCGUCUACCAUGCUAAACUGUCUAAGAUUAUCAGUGGUAUACUUCGUGAUCUAUACAGCAUACGACGCAUGACUCUUCAGUCUCAAUCAGCAGCCGCAGCAAAGCAUGGGGCCGAGCUUGCCCAAUGGCGACAAGAAAUAUCUGCGUUUGUUGACCUUGCGAAUGUUGACAUGCUAGUGCUCACCUAUCAGCGACAAUAUACAGUCUUAAAUCUUGCAUUCUUUCACUCUCAGAUUCUACUCUACCGUCCGUUUAUACUGAGAGAUUUCAAGAAUCUAGCGCUUCCAGCAUCCCCUGAAAGCAACGACCUCGCUGAGUCUGUCAGCGAAAACGCCCGGCAUUGUUUGGAAGCUGCCAUGAAGAUCACUAGCAUCUUGCGUGAUCUGUGCGAAAAUGGUAAAAUGUACCACAGCUUUUGGUUUACUCAUUACUACGCAUUCUCAGCUAUUGUGGUCUUGUAUGUGCAUUUUAUCCAGAGCUGUACCCAUACUAGUGCCGAGUCAUACUUGGCCUAUUUUCAAGCGGGUGAGCGAGCCCAGUAUGAUCUGGCAGCCUCUGGAUCGCAGUCGUCAUUUGCCCAGCGGUACGCCAUGGUGCUCGAAGAGCUUCGUAAAGAGGCGCAAAAGUGCAUACAGCAAAAACAGCAACUGGCGACUGGAUAUCACCAUUCAGAUCAAGUCACCGACAGCGCCAGUGCGGAUAUGAGCGCUCAGGAGCCAAACGUUUCAAGGCAGAGCUUCAGCUAUGAGCCUGCAGUGUUUCCUCAGUCUACAUUCGCGCAUACAGAGCAAGCUAUCACCCACAGCCCACCCCUGGAGCUUUCGAACAUGCAUCCGGAGCAGCAAACCUGGAUAGAAAACCUGAUUCAAGACAGCAGCCCUAGAACCUACAUUCCCAGUUUUACCGGCUGGGGAGAAUUUGACUCGCUGGCUCUCACAGGCCUGGGAGAGUUAGGUCACAUAUUCUCAUCCAAUGAUCUACCGGAUUUCCGGGGUUAA